CCAUCGACCGGCCAACGCUUCUACCAAAUCGCUCACGCACCUUAGUUUUUUCACCGUUGUAGGCUACACUUUCUUAGUCCCAGAUCUUGCCAUGGCAUCCGCCGGUGAUGAAGGCCAAGCAGAGGCCAUAGUAGAGGCGACAGAAAUCACCGCUCUAAGCGAUGCCGCAGAAACGGAAGAAUGGAUUCAUUUGAGCUUCACAUGGCAGGGAAAGCCGUUUGAGAUCGACAUUGCUGGGUCGGAUAGGGUCUUCGAUCUGAAGGCGACCUUGUACAGCUUGACAAACGUCCCGCCAGAACGGCAGAAGAUCCUUGGCCUCGCCAAAGGCAAGCUGCCUCCUGAUGAGGUAUUGAUUCAUAACUUGGGCCUCGUACCUGGGAAAAAGUUUUCCUUGAUCGGCACCCCUGAAGGCGACGAAAUCAAGGAUCCAUCUAAUCUGACAUCCCUUCCGGACGUCGUCAACGACUUGGACGUCGAUUUUUCCGCAGAUCCGCAGGCUGCUGCUGCAUAUGCGAAUGACCACCGCAAUCGCCGAAAGGUUAAAGAACACACCGACCAACUGAGCGUAAACGUUAUUGCUCCACUUCGUGAGGGAAAGCGGCUACUCGUACUCGAUAUUGACUACACUAUUCUCGAUACCAAGCCUCUCACGACCGGAUCCCUGCCGCCACAGGAAUGCGCGCGACCAGGGCUGCACGACUUCCUCGAGGCUGUACACCCAUACUAUGAUAUCUGCAUAUGGUCCCAGACCAGCUGGAUCUGGCUGGAGACAAAGCUAGUGGAGCUUGGCAUGCUCGGUGGGCCACAUAAUUAUCAGGUAUCCUUUGUACUCGACAAAACGUCAAUGUUUACCGUCUUUUCAACGAAAGAUGGCAAGCCAUACAAGCAUUCCGUUAAAGCGCUGCAAAUCGUUUGGAACCACUUUCCGCAAUUUGGUCCCAACAACACCAUACAUGUUGACGAUCUUGGCCGUAAUUUCGCGCUGAAUCCCAACCAAGGGCUCAAAAUACAUGCAUUCAAGGAAGCACACAAGCCAGAAGCGCAGGCAGACCGAGAACUCUGGAAAGUCUCGAAGUAUCUCAUGCAUAUCGCGCGGACGUAUGACGACUUCUCGGCGCUGAAUCACAAGGACUGGAAAAAUGUCAUAAGGAGGUUGCAGUAGCGUUUCAAGUUAGAACUCUGAGGACGUGCUUCUGUUUCAGUCUUUACCAUGGUGAUGACGACAUCAUCGACGCCUAGAGCUCGGGUUUUCAAACCUGUGCCUCCUUGGUUGUAGGACACUAGCUCUUCGCAUCGGCAUGUCUCUCCACAACGCCAGUCUGUGAAUCGUCCGACGCGUCGAGUCACGUCCCAGUCACCGAACACCACGAGCGCGUUACGGGCUGAAGGUGGGGCUUUCGCCACUUAUUUCAUUCUCCGUUCUCGGCUGGCUAAUGCAUGCACAAUUGACGUUGUAUGCCACUGAAGCGAUUUUCUGGUAUAUCGUCCGGAACACGCCACAUCCAGCAGGCGUCAUGACCAAGCUAAAACUCCAAUAGCACGGGAUUACGAAGCAACGGGGGAUGGCUGUAGGUGGGCCGGAGAUUACAACAAAGACACCGAGGAAGAGGAGACGGACCUCGCGACUAAAUCAGCUGGAGGAUUCGCAAACAGUCCUUACAACAUCCACUGAAGGAAGGGGAGCUACGACUUGUAAGGUGUCGAUCAGACGAUCGUGGACGGCCGUGCUCUAAGAGCUGUCGCCGCAGCCAUGCAGGUUUGGUCAAGUUCUUGAACCAAGUGCACAAGUGCUACAACAGUGCUACAACAUCUGUGUUUGGUCGCAGAGGCCCUAGCAUACGCCCAUGACGAUAUUAGAAGUGCUGGACGACUCGGCUGAUGAUUGGGCAACCAGUCCCCGGAAGCACUCUUCGCCAGUGUUGCGGGCUAAGCCCCUUGCGGACUUCAGGCCUAUUUGUUAGCAGCACUGUCACGACCGGCUCUAGAUGCGUUGUGCCGAACAUCUGGCUUUUGCAGCUCUCAACGAGUACGCCAUAUUCGAAGCGAUAAACAAGGGCAAUCAGAUGAUGCAUUUAGUCAAGGCACUCCGGAUCAUUUGGGACCAUUUUUCGCAGUGCGGUCCGCAUAAUAUCAUCCACGUCGAUAACCUCGCACGUUACGGUCACGCGACCUAUUUUUCCGCGACCCUGGCCCAGGCGUCCCGUGAACGUCGAAACUUAGCGAUGAACCCAAAGCAGGAGCCGUACGUCAAGCCGCUGAGGAAUGCAGGUACUGCGGCGGCUGCGGACGGCCGCGAGUUGGGGAAGGUUGGGCAGUAUCUGGCGCAUAUUGUGCAGACGUGUGAUGACCUCGCGAAGCUGAGGCG